AGAGCAGGCAAUGUCGGGUGUCCCCCAAACCCCCCACAACACCACCCUCACCCACCCCUCUGUGCGCAUCCGCCAGCCCCUAUACUCCGCUUUUCCCUUGCGCUGACUGUCACACAGUGUUUACUACGUCUUGAAAUGUGACUCACAUCAGAGACUGUCUGCUGGAGUCUGGCUCAGACAAACCAGGGAUUCUUCAGACGCGCACCUUGCGUCUUGGUUAUCUGGGGACCCGCUGUGGAGCAUUUCUACCCUUCUGCCAUGACAGUGGAUUUGUUUACGCUUUUGUGCGCGCUGGCCAUUACGUCCUCUGCUAUGGAAGAGACUUUGAUGGACACUCGAGUGGCCACAGCAGAACUGGGCUGGACAGCAUAUCCCAACUCUGGGUGGGAGGAAGUGAGUGGCUACGAUGAAAACCUCAACACCAUUAGGACCUACCAGGUGUGUAAUGUCUUUGAACCCAGCCAAAACAACUGGCUCCUCACUACAUUUAUUGACCGCAAAGGAGCACAGCGAAUUUACGUGGAGAUACGAUUCACUGUGCGUGACUGCAGCUCCAUCCCAAAUGUCCCUGGUUCCUGUAAAGAGACAUUUAAUCUGUAUUACUAUGAAACGGACGCUGUCAUCGCCACCAAAGGCACCGCCUUCUGGAUGGAGGCACCAUACCUGAAGGUAGACACUAUUGCUGCUGAUGAAAGCUUCUCGCAAGUGGACUUUGGUGGACGCUUAAUGAAGGUCAAUACAGAAGUAAGAAGCUUUGGUCCACUGUCCAAGAAUGGCUUCUACCUUGCUUUUCAAGACUACGGAGCCUGCAUGUCUCUUCUGUCUGUAAGGGUGUUUUACAAAAAAUGCCCAAGCGUGGUCCAAAACUUUGCAGUCUUUCCAGAGACCAUGACAGGGGCGGAGAGUACCUCACUUGUCAUUGCAAGAGGAAAUUGCAUCCCCAACUCAGAGGAAGUGGAUGUCCCAAUAAAACUCUACUGCAAUGGUGAUGGAGAGUGGAUGGUUCCUAUUGGCAGCUGCACAUGUAAAGCUGGAUUUGAACCUGACAAUGGCAAUGUUUGCCGAGCAUGCCCACCAGGUACCUUUAAAUCAACCCAAGGUCCAAGUCUUUGUCUGCAGUGCCCUCUAAACAGCCGCUCCACAGCUGAAGCUGCCACCGUUUGUGUUUGUCGGAAUGGGUACUACCGCGGGGAUGCUGAUCAACCAGAUGAACCCUGCACUAGUGUUCCCUCCAGCCCAAGAAAUGUGAUCUCCAUUGUGAAUGAGACCUCAGUCAUCCUGGAGUGGCAUUCACCCAGAGAGACUGGUGGUCGGGAUGAUGUCGUCUACAACAUAGUGUGUAAGAAGUGCCGGGCUGACAGGCGUUCCUGUUCCCACUGCGAUGACAACGUGGAUUUUGUUCCUCGACAGCUGGGUUUGACAGAGACCAGAGUCUUCAUCAGUAAUCUAUUGUCACACACUCUGUACAGCUUUGAAAUACAGGCUGUCAAUGGUGUCAGCAAUAAGAGCCCGUAUCCAGCGCAGCAUGUUACCAUAGACAUUACCACCAACCAGGCAGCACCAUCAAUUGUUCCCAUCAUGCACCAGAUCAGCUCCACCAUGAACAGCUUCACACUAUCAUGGCCUCAACCAGAACAGCCCAAUGGCAUCAUCCUUGAUUAUGAGCUACGCUACUAUGAGAAGGAUCAUGCUGAGAUUAACUCCACCACCCUUCGCUGCCAAACUAACACUGCACGUGUGGAGGGCCUACGGCCGGGUACCGUCUAUGUGGUACAGGUGCGAGCGCGGACUGUGGCUGGCUUUGGCAGAUACAGCAGCAAGAUGUGCUUCCAAACCCUCACAGAUGAUGACUUCAAAUCAGAGCUGAGGGAGCAGCUUCCUUUGAUUGCGGGCUCGGCAGCAGCAGGAGUGGUCUUCAUUGUUUCUCUUAUUGCCAUUUCUAUCGUGUGCAGCAGGAAAAGAGCUUACACCAAGGAGGCGGUAUACAGUGACAAGCUGCAGCAUUACAGCACAGGAAGAGAACUCUCUUUGCGAGCCGACAUGUCUAACUGCCCAUCCCCACUUGGCUGCCCGACCCACUUCUCAGGCUCUCCAGGAAUGAAGAUCUACAUUGAUCCUUUUACCUAUGAAGACCCCAAUGAAGCUGUGAGAGAAUUUGCCAAGGAGAUUGACGUCUCCACUGUCAAGAUAGAGGAGGUGAUUGGUGCAGGUGAAUUUGGUGAGGUGUACAAAGGCCGUUUGAAGCUGCCUGGUAAGAGGGAGAUCUUCGUCGCCAUUAAAACACUCAAGGCCGGCUACGUGGAGAAGCAGAGGCGAGACUUCCUAUCUGAGGCUUCAAUCAUGGGUCAGUUUGACCACCCAAACAUAAUACGCUUGGAGGGGGUCGUCACAAAGAGCCGGCCUGUCAUGAUCCUCACAGAGUUUAUGGAGAAUGGUGCCCUUGACUCUUUUCUAAGGCAAAAUGACGGUCAGUUCACAGUGAUCCAGUUGGUGGGAAUGAUGCGCGGCAUCGCAGCAGGAAUGAAAUAUCUCUCAGAAAUGAAUUAUGUUCAUCGUGACCUGGCUGCAAGAAACAUUCUUGUCAACAGCAACUUGGUUUGUAAAGUAUCAGACUUUGGCCUGUCACGCUAUCUACAGGAUGACACAUCUGAUCCCAGCUACACCAGCUCUCUGGGUGGGAAAAUUCCUGUCAGGUGGACAGCACCAGAGGCAAUCGCUUACAGGAAGUUCACCUCAGCCAGUGAUGUGUGGAGCUACGGCAUUGUCAUGUGGGAGGUGAUGUCAUUUGGAGAGCGACCGUACUGGGACAUGUCCAACCAGGAUGUGAUCAAUGCAAUUGAACAGGAUUACCGCUUGCCUCCGCCCAUGGACUGCCCCAGUGCCUUGCACCAGUUGAUGCUGGAUUGCUGGCAGAAAGACCGCAAUGUACGACCUCGCUUUUCAGACAUUGUCAGUACCUUGGACAAGAUGAUCCGUAACCCUACCAGCCUCAAAGCCGUAGCCAACAUUCCUGCAGUGCCUUCUCAGCCACUGUUGGACAGAUCCAUACCUGACUUCAACACCUUCAGUUCGGUAGAAGACUGGCUCACAGCCAUCAAGAUGGGCCAGUACAGAGACAACUUCCUGAACUCAGGAUUCACCUCUCUGCAGCUCGUGGCUCAAAUGACCUCAGAGGAUCUGCUGAGAAUAGGAGUGACCUUAGCAGGCCACCAGAAGAAGAUCCUGAAUAAUAUCCAGUCCAUGAGGGUGCAGAUGAGCCAGCCACCUAAUACUGUGGCAUGACUACAGGGGGCGCUGUGCCAUGGAACGGGCAGCAUUCGAAGGACCAACAAAGGCAGCCCUCGAAUGACCCCCAGUCCAACGGAACGCGCCAGAGUCGAGACUAUUGUCUUAAUCUAACCCACUAACACGGCGACAGGAGACCAGGGUCAACACUUCCACAUUUUUAACAGCUUUCACACGUCAUGCAGCCCUCAACAGGCAUUCAGGGUCCAGACCUGAUAUUGUUUUUCUCCACACACAAGGAAGACAAACGUCAUUGUUGUGGUUGUGAACUUCAUGCCAUCAUAAACAAAAAUAACUUCAACAAUCCAACAUCGAUCAAUGACCUACUAACAUUUUCUGGUUGUGUAGUAAAAUGAGUGAACCGUACUUCCAUAUUCUCUGGACAAGAAAAUGUUACAGAUGUAAAAUGUGAACCAUUUAAAAACAUGUGGCCUGUAAUUUUUAUCCAUAUCAUAGAAAGUCUGUGCAAUGAAGGUAUCUUUACUAGAUGAGGAAUAUGUUCCCCAAAAUAAGCAACUACCAGUAGAACAUUUUGUGAAGUAUACAGGGAUGUACAGCGAAGCACCAUUUUCAAAUUUCACAUCUAUUGCUUGAUUAAAGAUUUUUUAAAUACAUGUAACAUAAAUGAACUAAUGAGAAAUCAGAGCUUAGUUAUAUUUUGUCUUUUCCAACUGUUUCUUUGGUUUUGCCACUAUAGCAAGAUACCAUCCACGUGUAUUUUAACUUUAACACUACCUGUGGAGGUUUGGUUUGGAGCUGAAGGACAUUUUAACCAGCUCCAGUCAGAUUCAGAAACUAUAAAUAUGUUUAUCUCUUGCUCAGUAUGAUUAUAUAUUUCAUAAUAAACCUUCAUAUUGAAGGUGUUAUAUAUGAACAUGUAUGUACAGAUCACACUGCUUGCAUUUUUGGCAAAGAUGUUUUGGCUGGACUGCGAUAGAAACAUGCGAUGUGUAGUUUCCUAUGACACCCUGCUUUAUUUGGACACCGGAACAAUGGACGUUUUGUUGUUUGCCUCCAUGGUCCAGUGGCACCAGUCACCUCUUUUGACUAGUGAAACUGUAAUCACAGAUGUUAUUGUAGAUCAGAAAACAAUUUACUGUAGGAGUUAUCAUAAUUAAGAUCACCUCCAUCUAAUGGAGAUCUUUUUAAAUAUGGGUGAACACAUGCUGUCUCUGGCAGGGAGCACUUACAUGUACAGUUAUGUUUUAUGUUCCAUUUGCUCUUGCUGUUUGUUUGGAGGCUGAUCUGCACCGACCAGAGGAGAACGAAGCUCCGUGUCUUGGCUGGCGCAGAUGACCGAAAAUUUGAAGAUUUGCUCACUUUAGAUCGGCAUACAGCCAGCACUUGCAUCCAAAUAUCUAAGAGCACGAAUAAGACACACCAAGACAAACUGCUGUGGACACCCAAUGAAGAGAAAACUGGAUAAAGUGGGACCUUUUGAAGAUAUUUGUCGCAAUCUUUCUCUCCUGUGGUACACAAAUAUUGGGGGAGCUGAUUGUGAGUGUGCACCUGUCUUAUGUGUCUAGUUGUUUGUUUGAGAGGCGGUGGAUGUGUGUGUUUUGUGCAUAUCAAAUGUGUACAGACAGUGUGUGCACAGGGUACUUUGUUGGAGAGUGUGAAUGUUUUCUUCUUCAUCAGUUUCUGUAUUGCUGCCACUUGUAAAUUGUGAAAAAGUAUGUGUCAAAAGUUUGUAAGAUGUAACUUUCUGAGAAAUAUUGUACUAAAAUGCACUCAAUAAAAGCCUUUGAAAAACCA